AUGGGGCUCAUGCAGGGCGUGCAGCUCUGUAUGGCUUACGAGGACUAUUUGAAACGAAGAGCGCGAUCUCUUGAUGUCGAGUCAAACUUGUCGGAGUUCAGAGUGCCCGCGAUGAUGCCGGCCAGAUUCCAUAGCAAGGCGAUGGACGGCUUGCUGGAAGGUUCCGUGUUUGCGUACGUGUCGAUGUAUGCAUUGAUCAAAGACCGCUGGGCAGAGCCGCAAUUCAAUCCUGUGCAGCUUCAGACAGAGGCCUGGUACACGCCGUGCCUGUACAUAGGUGCUUUCUGCAGCAUCCUCAAUGUGGGCCUUGCUUUGGUUGAGAUCGACCAUCGAACAUCUGCAUGUGUUCAAAACGUGCUCGACGAGUCUGCUCUUGCGUCUUCCAGACAUCUGGCGUUUCGUGCAGCAGAGUUCUCCAUGCGACUGCUGACAAUGCUGGCUUUCUGCACGUUCAUGCGUCCACUGCAUUAUUGGUGGAUAGCUUACGUUUUGGUCGCUGCUGACUACUUGUUCGGCGUGGCGCUUCUGGUUGUUCUUGGUGGCCGUGACCCAGUGCGCGAGGCAUCGGUGGUCUUGGGUGUGCCCCUCUUCAUGGUGAACAUCAUGCAGUUCGUGGACGCACCUGGAAUGAGUCUCCAGGCUCGCCAAAUUUCGGAGAUCAUGUUUCCGCUGAGAACAGCAGAGCUGAUUGGGGUGCUGCUUUUCUGUGUUCUAUGUCCUGCACAAAUCCAGGUGGUGGGCCGUCCCGGCGAGGAGCUCAGCAUGCUCUCCUUCGUGCUGGACUUGCAUCCCUCGUGGGCCGUUUGCUGGGCUGUGAGCGUAGUCAUCUACUACCUGCUCUUUGCGACCUAUGCUUCAAGGACGAAGCCCGGAGCAGAUCUCCACAGUGCAGUAGCAUACGGUGAAGUGGAUGUCCUUCGCAAGUUGCUGCGAAGCUCGGAGCUCGUGCUCGAUAUUUCUCGUUUUGGCCCGGAUGGACGGAAUCCGUUGCACUUGGCAGCGCGAAGGGGUCAGGUGGAAUGCAUGAAGCUGCUGGUGGAGGAAAAAGCAGAUUUGCAGGCUCGGACUGGAAACAAAAAGCAGCACACGGCCCUGCAUCUUGCUGCAAUGAACAAGGCUCCAGAUGCGGUGCGAUUCCUUUGUCAAGUUUGCAGAGGCAAUGCGCAAGUGAUUAAUGCUGGAAAUGCGGAUGGAGACACUCCGAUUCACAUCGCAGCCAGAUUUCACAACGUUGAGGUGCUUCGGGAGCUGUUGCGGCAUCCUGGAGUGGACGUCAGGAAGCUGAACAAGCAAGGGCUGGCGGCUGCUGAAUGCGCCCCGUCCGACAAGUUUAGCUUCGACCACGACAGUGCGGAGUGUGCCAUAGCCGACAUGCUGCGAGAUGCGGAGGCCACAAGCAGACAAGCUCCCAGAGGCACUGCCACGUCGGAGACAGCGAGGACGACGUUAGCCCAGGAAGCGCUGGAAUUGUCCAGCUUGGCAGGCAACAGGCCAUCAAGCGGCGCCGUGCCGACGAAGGGAGUGGAGCCACUGGAGCAGGUCGUGCCUGACGAAGAGGACCCCAGGCCAGAGAAGUCGCAGAAUGUACCGUUGAUGUCUGUGUCGCGAGAGGCCGAGCAGAACUUCCUCAGGGUCACGCAGGGUUCCGGCAUGCAGCUGUCGGUCGAUGCCCCGAUGGCGGUCACGAACUGUGGCCUCUCAUCGUUCAUGCUGAGUGCUGGUCUCGGGGCUGUCAGCAGAUUCUUCCUGGGGUCGAUCGCAGAAGAUUCCGACAAAGGCUUCAAUGGCUCGGCGGAAUCGCCAUCGGUUAGCAUCGAGGACUUCGCAGAGAUGCGCAUGCUUGGCGAAGGAGCAUUUGGCAAGGUUGUCCUUGUGCGACACAAGGAGACGGGCGAACUCUACGCAAUGAAGACAAUGGACAAGGCAAAGUUCAAGGCACAAAAAAUCACAAGCAAAGCUCAGAGCGAGCAAUUCAUAUUGAGAACGACAAGGCACCCCUUCAUAGUGCAGCUGCACUUCGCCUUUCAGUGCUCAUACUUCUGGGCACUUGUCAUGGACUUCUGCCCUAACGGAGACCUCCAGGGCUGUCUCAUGAAGUACGGCCUGCCUGGACUCCGCCUGGAGGACGCAGCACGGUUUGCUGGAGAGGUGCUUCUUGCGCUGGAGCAUCUUCACGGCAUCCGUGUUAUCUUUCGUGAUCUCAAACUGGAGAACGUCGUCAUCGACUCCAACUUCCGAGCCAAGGUCACAGACUUUGGCUUGGCCAAGAAGCUGUAUGCUGGAAGUGAUGCAAACACGAUGUGUGGAUCGUAUGGGUAUGCGGCGCCGGAGAUCAUGUUGAACACUGGCAGAUACACCUACGCCGUGGAUCUUUAUUCCUACGGGGUGAUGCUGUACAUGCUUGUGAGCGGCGGUGAGACAUCACAACGAAGUCCUGCGGCGAAGACUCGACUGCCUCCAAAGACCCAUGGGCAACUGAAGAAAAAGCUCAGAGAUUCGGAGAAGGACAUCUCGCUGAUGUGGGCCAGGCCAGCAUCAGCCGUGCUGCCGCUUCUCAAGACGCUGACUUCAGAGAACCCCAUGGAGCGCACAAGCUCGACAACGCUCAAGUCCAACACCUUCUUUGCCAAGUACUUACCUGGGCCGGUAGAGGCUCUUCUGGAAGAGAGGAAAUAUCCUCCUCCCCAGCAGUGA